UUUAGAAAGGGAACACGGACUACUCUUUUGAUGUAACUCUUCGCAAAACUUAAUCGUCAACUCUUGGUUGUUCUGCUGACCUCCAGCGGCCAUGGCCACUGUAGAUUUGCAAGUUUUGAGCCUGCUGGCCUGGCCACUGGCCACUACAGCUAUUCAUUCGUCGGUUUGCAAGGAGCCAUCGCUCCCACGCCUUCACAAUCCUCAAUCGCUGCGCAUUGUAUUCCGAAACUGUCUGCAGCCACUAAAUAAUGAUGACAAAAGGCAUUUCCUCGCCCAUCCAUGUGGGAGAUUCCAAGCUCUUGGACUCGAGUAUGCUAUCAAUGAAAGAGAGGGAGAGCUCCCCAGAGACACAGCCCCAGGAGCCUUCGUUGGGUAAAGACUAUUCCAAGCUGGAUCUUGGUACUGUUCUAAAAAAGUGCAAUGCCUCCACGGCAUCAGUUGAGACCUCCAAUCAAAUGAAAAAAGUAUCCCAGAGUUUGGAGGCCUUGUUGACUCUAUCGGUACCCUCCACUGCGGACGAAAGUGGAGAAACGGAAAAGAUCGAAUUGGAUGCUCAGUCCAUAGUAGAUCAAGUUUCCAACCAGUACAAGUUGCCCCAAGAGAAGAACAAAGAGGCUCCUACAAACAAGUACGCAUUGAAGAGGUUUGAUCUGAACAAGGCCUCUCAGAUUCUGACAAUACCCAGCUCUCCAAAGAAGCCAUCUGUGGUUGGCCGUGCCUCCAGUGCUUCGUUGGGAAACUGCGUUGCCCCGAAGAGUCCAAGGGGUUCUGGUAGCAAAUAUGCGCUUCAAUCCAUGAACUUCUCCAAAGCAGCCGAAGUUAUAUCUUUGGCAUCAGAUUUGGAAACCAAACCAGGAAAUGAAGAAGAAAUCGGCGAGAAGAACGGAAAGGACAAUGCCGACAGUAACUGUGAUACUGCCCUAUCUGAAUUCUGUCUGGCACGGGGUGCAUUGACAAAUUCAAAGCCAGCUCGUGUUUCGAGGGUUCAAUCUGCAGGUUCAGCCAGGAGUAGAAGCACCAGCAAGCCCAGGGGGGGCUCUGAUGGCAGAAGGAGUCCCAGUCCAAUGCCACGUGCAUCUAGUUCAAAUCAUACCAGUACGAGCAGAGGCAGUAGCAGGCCCAGGAACGGGGGCAGCAAGCUAGGGAGCAGAAGUGCAAGUCCUGCCCCGCCAGAGACCAGUGCACGUCACAGGCGAGCUCCCCGUUCUCCCAGGCGUUCAAGGAUUGAUUCAAAUGACAAGAGAUCCUCAUCUCCUGUCCGCAGCCUCAGUCCUGUUGGAGGAGCCAGAAAGGAUUCUCUCAGGGCGAGCUCAUACCACGAGCGCAAAGCGCAGCGAUCGCCUAUGCAUAAGAGACUCAGUCCCGCGCCUUCAAGCACCAGGCGUUCAACUGGGGCUGAUGCUUGCGCAAAGGCACGCGAAGCGCUUAGAACUGCAUCUUUGUCAUCGAAGCCUGGUGGCGAUCCUUUGUCAGCUGUCUCGUGCCAUGAACGAGUGCAGACCGUUGCUUGUGACAACGACGCUGGAACAGGCAGAAGGAGAAUCUUGGGUAAACGGACAUCGGAAGGCAAGAUUCACCAAAGUGGUGCUGGUACAAUUGCUGCUGCGGCAGUCGAUUCUAAUGAAACAGAAUCCGAGAACCAGGAAGAAAGGAGGCAAUCAGAUGCUUCCUCAGCGAGACGCUGCCGAUUGACUUCGACUACUCUCCGCCAAAGCCUACAAGGGAGCUUGUUUUCGACGGAUGAGGAUGACAGCAGCGACGACGAGGACGACAGCGAUGAGGAGACCUGUGUGGAGGAGAAGGAUGUUGGAAGAGAUCCAAAUCAAACGCUAAAUACGACUUCAACACAUUCACAUCACACGGCAGUGGUAGUACCAUUUGGACAAGCGGUACCCAAAGAAUGCAUCAAGAAGCGGCAAGAAGCGUUGCGGAGGGUUGGUAAAAUGCCCAUCUGCAAGAAGGGCAAGUCCUUCUCUGACAUUGCGUAUGACCCAGAGUUUGCUGAUCUAUAUGAUGAUGAUGAUGGCGUUUAAAGGUUGGCCUCUUGAAUGGGCUCUGCCCAGAAAGUGAAGAGCUGUCAGUGACGGUUGGAUACGGUAAUCAGAUCAGUCCAUGCGACUAUGAUAGCAAAACUGCACAAUUAAGAAAGCAAUAUACCGAUACCGGUAGCAGUAUGGUGGCCCACCAACCUGCUUUGUUUCAAAAUCGGGUCUCUCCACAGCUCGUCAUCGUUGAAAUUGCUUGUCCGGAGCAAACCGGACCCUUUUAAAAAGAUUCUCCACCGAUGCGUCGAAGAGCAGGGGGUGCCUUUCGUUGUCGUCUGGCUGUCCCGAAGUGGAGAAUGUUGCAUGGGUGCGACGGGAGAGACGCACCAUCGCGUUCCCGGCCAGCACCAGCGUAAUAUGCCGGCACGGUUCGUCCGAUAUGAUCGUCGUCUUUUGUCCCUGAACAGCAUUUGCAUCCUCAAAUAACGCAAACGGAUUAUGACGACAGCGUCUACUGGAGC